AUACAACGCUCCCUAAAGAACUACGACCCCCAGGGUUCCGAGCGGAGCAGCCAUGAGCGCGGAGACCCAGGUGAAGUGUGUGCGUGGGGACAGUGCUGUCGGGAAGACGGCCCUCCUGGUUCGCUUCACGUCAGAGACCUUCCCUGAGUGCUACAAACCAACUGUGUACGAGAACACUGGAGUGGAGGUCUUCAUGGACGGUCUCCAGAUCAACCUGGGUUUGUGGGACACGGCAGGAAAUGACACGUUCAGACAGAUCCGUCCGAUGUCCUAUCAGCAGGCAGAUGUGGUUCUGAUCUGCUACUCCGUGGCCAACGCCGCCUCCCUCGCCAGCGUCAAGCACAAGUGGCUGGUAGAGGUGCGUGACAACCUUCCCCGUGUCCCGGUGCUGGUGGUGGCCACCCAGACGGACCAGCGUGACUCCGGGCCUCACAGCGCCUCCUGCUCCUCCGCCGCAGAGGGCAAACGCCUCGCUCAGGACAUACGGGCCAAGGGAUACCUGGAGUGCUCGUCGCUAAGCAACCGCGGCGUGCAGCAAGUGUUCGAGUGUGCGGUGAGGACAGCGGUGAACCAGGCCAGGAAACGGACGCGCCCGCGGAUGUUUGAUAUCAACAGCUGCGUGGUGUUUUGACCUCUGAACCUCUGAACCUUUUGGAGGGGGGGCUAGGUUGGGGUGGUGCUGGGAGGAUACUGAAGCCUCUAACUACUGCUCUGGGAUCAGGUCUCGGGGCCAGUGGCGACUCAGACUUGGACUCAUCGCCAGGGACUUGAGACUGGCGGGUUAGUGACUCGACUACAUCACUGUGUCUUACUUGAACUGUU